CCGGUCUUGGCGAGCGAGCUUCCGGCGGCGAGGCGAAUGGCCUCCCUUAGAGCCGCGUUAGGGGCUUCUCUCGCGGCUGCCAGGACCCGGCCGCAGUCCGUCGGCCUCGCGCUUCCGGCGCCCGCGCCCUGGUCCGCCUGGGCUGCUGCUAUGGAGCCCACGCCGCGCUGGCUAGCGGCGCUGCGCUUCGACAACCGCGCCCUGCGCGCGCUGCCGGUGGAGACGCCGCCGCCCGGACCCGAGGACGUCCUGUCCACCCCGCGGCCGGUGCCCGGAGCCUGCUUCAGCCGCGCACGGCCCGCCCCGCUGCGGCGGCCGCGCCUCGUGGCGCUGUCGGGGCCCGCGCUGGCGCUGCUGGGGCUCGAGGCCAGCGAGGAGGCCGAGGUCGAGGCCGAAGCCGCGCUUUUCUUCAGUGGCAAUGCUCUGCUGCCGGGCGCCGAGCCCGCCGCGCACUGCUACUGUGGACACCAGUUCGGCCAGUUCGCUGGGCAGCUGGGCGACGGCGCCGCCAUGUACCUGGGCGAGGUGUGCACUGCGGCCGGCGGCGAGCGCUGGGAGCUGCAACUCAAGGGCGCCGGCCCCACGCCCUUCUCCAGACAGGCUGAUGGUCGCAAAGUCCUCCGGUCAAGCAUCCGUGAGUUCCUGUGCAGUGAAGCCAUGUUUCACCUGGGGAUCCCCACCACGAGGGCCGGGGCCUGCGUCACAUCUGAGUCCACAGUGAUUCGCGACGUGUUCUAUGAUGGUAAUCCAAAAUAUGAAAAGUGCACGGUUGUGUUGCGUAUAGCUCCCACUUUUAUAAGAUUUGGCUCCUUUGAAAUUUUUAAGCCCCCAGAUGAAUACACAGGGCGUGCAGGCCCUAGCGUGGGACGAAAUGAUAUCCGAGUGCAGAUGCUCGACUAUGUGAUCAGCUCUUUCUACCCUGAAAUCCAGGCUGCCCAUACCUGUGACAGUGACAACAUACAGAGGAACGCUGCCUUUUUCAGAGAGGUGACACGACGCACAGCACGGAUGGUGGCCGAGUGGCAGUGCGUUGGCUUCUGCCACGGAGUACUCAACACGGACAACAUGAGCAUCGUGGGGCUCACUAUUGACUAUGGACCCUUUGGCUUCCUGGACAGAUAUGACCCUGACCAUGUGUGCAAUGCCUCUGACAAUGCUGGGCGCUACACAUAUAGCAAGCAGCCUCAGGUGUGCAAGUGGAAUCUGCAGAAACUGGCUGAAGCCCUGGAGCCUGAGCUGCCACUUGCUCUGGGUGAGGCCAUCCUAGCAGAGGAGUUUGACAGCGAAUUCCAAAGGCACUAUCUACAGAAGAUGCGUAAGAAGCUGGGCCUUAUUCGAGUGGAGCAGGAAGAAGAUGGGACACUUGUGGCCAAGCUUCUGGAGACCAUGCAUCUGACUGGUGCUGACUUCACAAACACCUUCUAUAUGCUGAGCUCCUUCCCGACCGAACCAUCGGACUCAGCAGAGUUCCUAACCAGGCUGACCUCCCAGUGUGCCUCUCUGGAAGAACUAAGGCUUGCCUUCCGACCCCAGAUGGAUCCACGGCAACUCUCUAUGAUGCUGAUGCUUGCACAGUCGAAUCCACAGCUCUUUGCACUCAUUGGCACUCAAGCAAAUGUCACAAAGGAACUAGAGCGUGUGGAACAACAGUCACGGCUGGAACAGCUGAGCCCCGCUGAAUUGCAGAGCAGAAACACAGACCACUGGGAAACCUGGCUACAGAAGUACAGAGUCCGUCUGGACAAGGAGAAGGAGGGCGUCGGAGAUACUGCUGCCUGGCAGGCCGAACGUAUGCGCAUCAUGCAUGCCAACAACCCCAAGUACGUCCUAAGGAACUAUAUUGCACAGAAUGCCAUUGAAGCUGCUGAAAACGGAGACUUUUCUGAGGUGCGACGUGUCCUGAAGCUGCUAGAAUCUCCUUACUACAGUGACGAGGCAGCCACUGAGGCCACAGGCCCUGAAGCAGUGGCAAGGACCACUGAUGAGCAGUGUUCCUAUAGCAGCAGGCCACCCCUCUGGGCGGCAGAACUCUGCGUAACAUGAUCCUCAUAAAGGCCUCGGUGUCCUCACAUGUCUGGAGUCCCCCGAGGCCUCCCCAGCGCUGCUGAGUUGCUGAGACCACUGGGAUCCCUACCCUAAUGGUCUCUCCAUGAUGGCAGAGAUCUCCAGUCAAAACCUGACCCAUCUCUGUCUGAUACCACCUUAGCAGUAUUGCUCUGACCUAGCACUCGACAUGCCCCCAGCACACUGUGCUUCAUGCCAGUAUAGGAGCUGUUUCAUGCUUUUAAGUGGUAUAAACAGGGCUAAAUAAGCCUUGUAGCCUGUUUGCACAUCUGCCCCAAAGGGCUGGGCCUGACACCUGUUAAAACUCCCAGGCCGCUAAAUAAAGCAGCUUUUUCAGGUC